AUGCUUGCCAUGCCAGAAUAUGCAAUGAAUUCGGCUAUUCGAGCGCUGAUGAGCACGGAGGAAUUAUCAGACCUCAGUCGUGAUCCCCCAGCACAAUGCUCUGCAGGGCCUAUAGGCGAUGAUAACCCUAAUCCGGAUGAUCCUUUAAAUCCGGAGGUUGCGCGCAUCUACAAAUCGGACCGUCAGAAAUACGAUGAGACCGCUAAAGAAUGGACAAGGAAGUAUGCAGUAUAG